AUGGCGACCACAAUUGGGAUUAUCAGUAUAGUCGGUCUGGCAUUCAUUGCCCUUUCCUUACUAUGUUCUUUCAUUAUGACAGUUGCGGGGUUCUUUACUCUCCACCGUCGUGGAGACUACACUCGUUCAUAUGUUUCUUGGAUUAAAGCCUCGAUGACCCUCGGUACAAUAUGGAUGGCACUUUGGAUUGGUGCUAUGCUUUCACCAGUCAUGUAUUUUCCCAGAAGGAACAUCUACGACAGUCCCCGUUUCCAUCUUUACGCCUUCUAUCAACUUUUCUACCUUGUGACACUUGCCGUCGUUAUGGCCACUCAAAUUGAAGUCGCUCGCGGCUUCAAGGACGCAUCUAGCGGUUGGAUCAAGGGCAAAACAUCGAAGAUCCUGCUAGGAGUCUUUGUUGUUCUGAGCGUUAUCCGUUUCAUUCUCUACGAAAUCUCAGGCGUGACAACAGUCUGGGUCACGGUCGGAAGCUCCGCUAUAGAUCUGAUUCAGUUCAUCCUUCUCUGGGUCGGAUCUAUUGUGACUCUCGUGUAUCUUGUUAAGGGAAAGGGGUACUUCACCCCCAGCAUUCAAAACUCUCACCGGGUUUAUCGAUCUCUACUAGCCAUAUUUAUUCUCACUCUAUUGCGCCAAACCUUCGAAGGCUUAUAUGCUAUCGCGUACUUCGUUUCGCUGUUUAUCAGCACCUACGACUCUUACGCCAACGUCUGGAUAACCAUCCUACAUAUCCCCCGUAUCAUCUUCACGGCAUGGACGGUCACAGCAAAUUUUGGUGUUUUCUUCGGCCUUGCCUCACUAUUUAAGCAUGGUCCAAGUCGCGUCAAGUAUGACGGAGAAUCAGCAUAA